AUUACCCACUCAGUCUAUUUCUGUCCCCCGCUGAGUCAGAUGGACAGGUCCCAACUUAGAAUGACACAAACAGGCAGACCAGCUCCCAAUUCAGAGUGGCUGAAAACAUUAAGAGGGCUCUAAAACACACAAAAGGCAAUAUUGGAAGCUGAAACAAAGAGGAGACCUGAGAAGAAAACAGCAUGGAGGAAUGUGAAAGUCUGGACUCGGAGAUGAGGGAGCUACAGGAGAUCCACAGUGAAGCCUCAGACAUCACCAGCCAGGACGAUGAAGAUGAAGUGGAAGAACUGCAGAACAGCCUGCGAGAAGUUGUCCAGGACCCGUCAGUGAAGCCCAGACUGCAGUGCCUGAUGGUGGACCCGUCAUUCUCCAUGGUGACGGUUCAGAGCGAGGACAGCGGUAUCGUUUGGGAGACAGCCUCCAGUCGUUGCUCUACUCCCUGGGCCUCCGAGACCAGCUCCACCUCCGAGGGUUACGGCAUGGAGGGCCCCGGGGCUGCGGGGAAGAUCACCAUCGUCUUUGACGAGGAGAAGAUAGUCCGCAGGAGGACGAGGUCUGGAGGGAGAAGCAGCAGGCUGGGAGACAGGCUGAGCCGGCCCGGGAGCUCCAGAUCGGCCUCGGUUCUGGGAAUAGAGAGACCAGAGAUGGCUGAGGUUUCUCUUCCCAAUAUAAAGCAGGAGCUAAACAAAACAGAGCCAGACUUGGAGGAAAUCAAAAACAAAGAUCAGCAGCUGUUUAGUCUGAUUUCGGAGGGCUAUGAAAUCCUCAACAUCCGAGUGCCGUCCAAACUUCCUACUGUGGACGAGGAGGAGAACACAGAGCUGCAGGACAACCUGUCUUACCUGGACCAGACUCCACAGAUCAAGUCUCGAAACCAUUUUGAUUGGACACAGCAGCAAGCUGAUGUACUGACAGAGGAGAGAGAUGAUCGCAAUGAGCCUUCAAAGCAAGAAGAAGAAACACAGUCUGCACUCACACCGACUCCAAAAGACAGUACUGGUGACAUUGACUACUUUGAGAAGUUUACCCUGUUGGAUGAGGCGGUUCCUGCUGAACAGGCGCCAGAGCAGCAGGAGGAAGCAGAAAAACCUGCAGGGAAACCCACAGAAGAGGAGCAAAAACCUGUAAAAGAGGCAGCCACAGACAGCCCCUCUGCAUCAGAGGAAUCUUUCGUAUUUGUCACGGACGUGGAGAUAGUCGGGGAGCACCUCGACGAGGUGUUCUAUGGAGAAGGACCUCCUGCUGACGUACUGCAUCAGCACGCGGCCGAGGACGAAGCCCGGAGGACGAGGCGGGAGAGCCAGAGGUCAACUAAAGAGAGCGGUUCGGUGUUGUUUGGGAGUGAACAGACCAUUCUUACGCCCAUCUUUAUUUCCCCGGGACCCCCGAAGAUCAUCGAUCCCAUCUUGCUGGAGGAGCCUACUGCCAUGUCCUUCAUGUACUCAGAUCUUUAUGAAGAUGCCAUGGGCGAAAGGAAGAGAAGCGACGAAGAGCACUCCGGGGCAGAAAGCGUCGUGACUGUGAGGUCUUAUACAAGACGCUCUUCAGACGAGGCGCCUGAUGGCUACCUGGAGAAGUUCACAUUAAAAGAUGAAACCCCCACAGUGGAUAUUCAGUCAGAGCCAGAGGAGGAGAGGACGGAUUGCAGGAUGAUGUGGUCACAGAGCAAGUUUGAAAUGACGGGAUGUCUGAUACGAGUGGAAACACAGGACGAGAAAGAAAAGACAGAGGAGCCGAAGACACAAGAGGGCAGUGCUGGAGGCAAGGGUGAAGAGAAAAAAGAAACAUUUGGAGAAACAGAAAAAGAAAUCAUCCAAGUCCCUGAAGUUGUUGAAGAACAAGCAGCAACGGAAGCCUCAGAAGAUAUUAGUGAGGAGUGUAAACCGACGGAGAAAAAAACAGGGGAUCAACAUGUGAAAGAGGAGGGAAAGACAGAUCAGACAGAUUCUCCAGAAGACAGAACUGAACAACCCGAGGUUCACCUGGAAGAAGGUACCGCAGAGGAUAGAAAGGAGAUGGAGGGCCAUCAAGAAGAGAGAAAAGAAAAAGAUGCAGAAACAGAAGCUGCAACUGAAGAACUGCAAACCUCUGCAAUUGUUGAAGAGCGGGCUGUAAAGGAAGAGUCUGAAGAUAAAACUGAGGAGUGUAAACCCACGGAGGAAAGAAUGGAGUCACAACAAGUGACAGCUGAGGUGAAGACCGAGCAGCCCGAGCCGUCUGAGUACAGCACAGAAAAACCUGAAGUUCACCAGGAAGAAUGUAUAGACGAUGGAAAAGCGAGAGAGGACCAUCAAGAAGAGAAAAAAGAAACAGAUGCAGAAACGGAAAAUGCAACUGACAUGUUGCAUGUGUCUACAGUUACUGAAAAGCAGGCUGUGAAGGAAGCCUCAGAAGAUACAGCUGUAGAGUGCAGACAGAUGGAGGAAAAAAAGAUGGAGGAUCAACAAGUGACAGUGGAGACAGAUCAGAGCGAGCCUCCUGGCGACAGCACAGAAAAACCCGAGGUUCACCAGGAGGAAAGUAUAACAGAGGAUAGAAAAGAGAGGGAGGACCAUCAAGAAGAGAAGGAAAUAAUAUGUGAGGAAAGCAAUGCUGGGCAGCAUUGUAAGAGUGAGAACAAAGCCCAAAUGCUCAUAGAGGUUCCGGACCAGGCAGCUGUAGCCCCGGUAAGCACCGAGUUUCCUCCUGUCGUCACAAAGUCUGGAACUGAAGCAGUACUCACUGAGAGGAUUUCAACCGAGGAGGCAUCUCCUGAUGCCAAGAUGGUGGCUGUUGAUGGGCAACUAGAAACCGACAUCAAAGAAGACAUCUUAUCCGAGGUGAAGGAACCUGAGAGUGACGAGCAGGAAGCGCUCUCCUCGGCUGAACCCCCCGUCGCUGACGUCGAUUCCUCACCUGAAACAUCCUCGACCUGCAAGGGCGAAAAAGCUGUGGAAGUCGUUCCCGAAGCCGUCGCCCCGGUCGAGGUUAUCACUGACUCUGACAGUGCAGUGCACACAGUGGUGGAGGUUACUGAAAAGGCAAUGAAUGAAACAGAGACCCAAACUCAGGUCCAGAUAGACCUUCAGGAGGUGAUGAGUGCAGAGAAAACAGAUGCUCAGAAAGAACUUCCUGAAAGAGAACAAGUGCAUGAAUCUCUGACAGAAGAAACGGCUGCUGAGAAGUUAAUAAGCGAGGAUGUGAGUACUCUGCAGGAUGUGGAGGUCAAAGCUGAGAUCUCCAGUGAGAUAACCACGCCAGAAGUAGUCACGACACAGUCAGAGAAGAAACAGCAAGAGAUUGUUGAAACUGAGCAGCAGCACCGGGAAAUGACCGAGGAAGGAUCAGACCAAACAAUACUGAUGACAGGAGACAAAUCAGAACAGUUAGCAGAGGAUACCGGAUCCUAUGUUCAGGACAUUGUGAAUGUUGGCGAUGAGUUAAUUGUCUUCGUUCCCAAGGGACAAGCUGUAGAGAUGGACGUGGAGAUCAGUCAGUGGACAGAGAAGGCAGCAGAGGAUACUCCUACAGAAGCUGAGAGCACGCCAGAACGUCAGGCUCCCACUGAGGAAACAAAGACUGAGCCUCAAGAGGAAACAGAACCAGAAAUAUCUGUGAUGGAAGAUCUGCCCCGAAAUGAUUUAGACAGUGUGUGCCAACAACAAGAACCUGUGGAGGAGCCCAUGGCAGAGCAGGAAGAACUGGGGCCGGACUGUAGCGAAGACACAGUUGUCAUGUCUCCCAUGAGGAGCUUCACUCCUCUGGAGGAUUUGUCCGAGCUUCACGCAGAAGAUAUACAGUCAGAGCAUGCAGAGGCCGAACAAAAGUCAGAAAGGCACAAGACUGAGGACGAGCCAGAAACUGUCAUUACCUGUGAGGACAUAGCUCCAGACGUUGAUCUUCACAGAGAGGAUGCAGAGGAAAAGACGGAGCAGGAGGAAGUUGUUGCAGAGGCUCCAGACGUUACCGUCGAUGAGCUGGAAUAUGAGGUGAUAACUGAACAGGACGCAAAAGAGAUGCAUGAAGCCGAAGCACAGAGAGAUGCGGGAGAGCCAAAACCCGAGACUGUUCCGAAGCAAGAGGAGGAGGUGGAUGUAGAGAAAGAGGAGGCGAUAGAUGCUUUCUCAGAAGAAGAGCUCAUUGAGGCCGACUAUGAAAUUAUUGAUGCAGAGGAGGAGAAUCAGGCCAGGCUGGCGGCCGAGCUGCAGGGGAUGGACUGGUUCUGCGUCACCUGUGGGUGUCUGCUCUCCGAGGAAGACUACAGGUCUGCAGAACAUCAGCAGCACAAGGUGAACUCUGUGGACCGAGCCUAUGAGGAAAUUAAGGAAACACUGAGUGGCUGGAUCUCAGAGCUUCAGGGGAGGACAGAGAACAUCGAGGACUUGGUGUCAGAGCUGGAGCUGGCCUACAACUCUGUUGAAGACCAGUGUGUGGAGAGCGAGGCAGCGAUGCAGGCGCAGAAUGAGGAGAUGAUGGCCCUGGUGAUGGAGCAGUACAACAACAUGUCCAUCAGCAUGGAGGAGGAGAAGAAGGCCAAGCUGGAGCAGCUCUACGAUCAGAUCGUCUCCUUCCAGGAGAGCAUCGACUCCGCCAAGACCACACUGGAGACCACGUCCAGAGAGGCCGAGACUGACGCACGAUCACCUGAGGACAUUCAGGAAAGACUUAAAGCCGCUCUGGAUUCGGCUUUGUCACUGGAGCUCGGCCCCAAAGGACUGCUGGUGUUCGAGGACUACGCCAAAGCCAAUACUUCCAGCUCCAACCUCACACAGCGCAAGGGAAUACCAGUGCCUCAGAGGCCCACCCUGCAGCCUCAGGAGCCGGGCUCAGCCACCAGCACCAGCGUCACGGUUUACUGGAAAGUCAACCCAGGAGACAUCAUCGAUUGCUUCCAGGUCUACUGCAUGGAGGAUCCACACGGCGCCAUAUCGGAGGAGUACCGAGUGACUGUGAAGGAGAGCUACUGUGUCCUGGAAGAACUGGAUCCUGACAAAAUGUACAAGGUGUGGGUGAUGGCCGUCAACUACACAGGCUGCUCCCUCCCCAGCGACAGGCUCGUCUUCAAAACCGCUCCGUCAGUGCCGGCGAUUGACACAGAGCGCUGCACUGUCUUAUGGGAUUCAGCCACACUGAGGUGGAGCUCACCAAAUCAGACAGCGGGCCAGACUUACACUCUGGAGUACUGCCGCCAGUACGAACUGGAGGGAGAGGGACUCAGAUCCAUCUCCGAGAUCAAAGUGUGUGAACAGAAGGUCCUGCUGCAACCAAAUGAAAAUUACCUCUUUUACAUCAAAGCUGUGAACGAAGCUGGUGUCAGUGAACAGAGUGAGGCCGCGCUCAUUUCAACAAAAGGAACGAGGUUUCACCUCCUAAAAGCGUCGGCUCACCCCGCUCUGGAGCUGUCAGAGGACCAAACGGCUGUGGUCUACUCCCAGGAUGCACGCAAAGCCGCUGCUGCAGCCUCAGAUAAACUGUGUCCGUCCGUCCUGGGCGACCUGCUGCCGGCGCGGGGCCUGUACUACUGGGAGACUACGGUGUCGGGAUGUGCGGCCUACAGACUCGGGGUGUCCUACAGCGCGGCGAGCAGAAGCAGCUCUCUGGGUGAAAACGGCCUGAGCUGGUGUUUGCAGUGUAUUCCCUCACCUUCAGGGUGCAGAUAUCAGUUACUCCACAGUGACAUCCAGUCCAGUGUGUUCGUCACCGAGACGCCGGAGCGGGUUGGAACUCUCCUGGAUUACCAGCUGGGCCGUCUGUCUUUCUACAACGCCCAGAGCGGUCAGCUGUUAGGUGCCUUCGCCCAAAGCUUCACCCAGCCCUGCCACCCCGCUCUGGGCCUGGAGCUGCCGGGCAGCCUGGGGGUCAGCAUGGUGCUGGAGGUGCCAGAGUUCACCAGGGACAGCUAGCUCUGCUGCAGGACUCACGAUCUGAGGAGUUUAUAGCUCAUGACGCUGAUUUUGAUGGUUUUUCUCUCGUGUUCAAAGCAACCAGUGUUGCAGAGAGAGACGGAGGACUCAACCACAUCCCAGUUGUCUAAAAUCACUGAUUGAUUUGUUUGAUUUUGAGUUAACCUCAAUAUUUAAAAUGUUUUUUUAUAAUAUGAAAAGGGUUUCUUUUUGCUUGUUUUUGUUUAUUUGGGGGAAUGGGGGUGAAAUUGAUCUUGUAAAUAUGAAAAGUAGGGCAUGUAAAACAUCUGUCUGUCAUUGAGUGCCUACAUGAGGGAGCUUGUUGUAUUUUGUGAAAUGUUCUGGUAAAAUCCAGCAGCACUGUAGUUUUUUCUAAAAAUCCUCUAAUUUCCUCUGUUUACAUCUCUCAUAAACAGAAAAGACUGGAAAUCCAUGAAAGUGAAACCCUAUGUGUAAUAUGACUUUCUCAACAAUAGAUUCGGAUUCUCGACAUCCUAAAGUUUGCAUCUUUAAAAUCUCACUGCAGCACUUUUUAAACUGUGUUUCAUAAUGUGAAUAAGCCUGUUUGUGUAAAUAACAUUUUUAAUUGUGAUGAGCUCUGUAUUUCAUGA